GGAUCCAUGACACGGGACCCAUUAAAGGGUCGAUUGAUUGGGCGACGAAGGCUGAAACCCUAACGUCUCCCGCAGCUCUUCGGUGCGCCUUCCUUCGUGUCGCCGCUCGCUGGAUGAUCUGUAUGCAUGGUUUUGUUUGGAGGACGCGAGCAGUAAUCCUGACGCAAAGAGUGCAGAAGAUCUGCUGAAGAUGAAGAUAAUGGAGCAGAAGACGAACGGAGAUGAGGCGAGGCCCGAUCGCCAUUUUUAGUGUUAUUCUAAGUAAAAUCGCGCGACCCUACAACCCUAGAUCGGUCGUGCGCCUCCCCAUUCCGACGGUGCCGCACUCUCUCUCAGCGGUUGAAUUUGGAGAUGCCUUUGAAAGCUUUUUCCUUUAGAGAGAUGAUGAGAAUUGGUCUUAAUAUGUGAAGCUCUUUCUAGUUUUAAUGCUCAUUUAUAUUUUGGUGCCAACUUUUACACUUCAUUUUGAGGCUUUUUAACAUAAUUUGAUUAUUAUUGUUUUAGUAUUUUAAGUGGGAAUGAGGCUAGUGUGAACCUUUUUGUCUCUCAUCUGGAGGCUUUCUUUCCUCUUCUAUGCUAUAUGGAUUACAUGCCACAAGUGAGCCUAUCUGAAGCUUCUGCAAAGAUCCUCUUCUAGUAGAGGUUGCAUAUUAACAAUUUCUACCGGUAGCAAAUUGACUUAGAAAUCUGGUGAAUGUGCUUAUGACGUGUUGCUCAGUCUCUGCUCAUGGUUCUGAGAUGAUCCAUCAAUAUCACAGCUGAAAUUGCACAAAAAAAUUGCAUUUACAAUUAUGUUAUAUAAAAUUGAAUGUGCACUUGCAGUUGGCGCAUGCCUCUUAUGGCUUUUGCGUAUUAUUCUGAUAGUCACCGUGACUAACAAUUCCCAUAGUGCUUAUGAUAUCUUUGUAGUUUCGAUUGAAAGAUUUUGCCAGAUGAUGUUGGGAAAUUGCGCAAGGGCUUUGAGCACAGCUUGACAUUGCAAGUUGCAAUGAGACAAUCUCCAGUUCUUCCCUCCUGAUGGCAAUUUUCGUGGAAACAUAAAAAAAUUUGAAUUUUUCAUUCGUUUCCUUUUCGUUUGAUGUUCACUAAGGUUUUUUCUUGAUUUGCAUUGGAUGAAUUGUGGUUGGAGAUGUCUUCUGAAGCUUUCCGGUCUCGAUUCGUGACAAGCCUUCUAGACAAGAGUUGGUAAUGAUAUGUGAUGGCUUUUUUGAUUUAUGUGCUCAUUUAUAUUCUGAUGCCACUUUUUAUACUGCAUCCAAAGGCUUUUUAACAUAAUUUCAUUAGUAGUUUUCGGUGCCUUUGUUGGGAGAUUGAAGGGUGUUCCAAUGCCAUACAGCUAAUGCCAACCUGAUGAUACUUAAAGCCCUUAUUGCCAAUGCCCUUAGGCUUAAUUGGAAAGCUCAAAAUUAGAUGAUGCACAAUGGUCUCGUAGCUAAGCUUGGAGCUCAAAAUUAAUUGGAGAGCUCAUGGUUCUGAAAACCAUCAAGAUCUCAGUUGAAAUUGCACACAGAAAUUGUAUUUACAAUUAUGUUAUAUAAAAUUGAAUGUGCACCAGCAUUUGGCGCGUGCCUCUUAUGACUUUUAAUUAUUAUUCGGAGAGUUACCGUGACUAACAAUUCCCAUAGUGCUCAUGAUAUCUUUGUAGUUUCGAUUGAAAGAUUUUGCCAGAUGAUGUUGGGAAAUUGCGCAAGGGCUUUGAGCACAGCUUGACAUUGCAAGUUGCAAUGAGACAAUCUCCAGUUCUUCCCUCCUGAUGGUAAUUUUCAUGGAAACAUAAAAAAUAUUUAUGUGUUUUUCAUUCGUUUCGUUUUCGUUUGAUGUUCGCUAAGGUAUUUUCUCGAUUUGCAUUGGAUGAAUUUUGGUUGGAGAUGUCUUCUGAAGCUUUCCGGUCUCGAUUCACGACAAUCCUUCUAGACAAGAGUUGGUAAUGACAUGUGAUGGCAAAUUUUGAUUUAUGUGCUCAUUUGUAUUCUGAUGCCACUUUUUAUACUGCAUCCAAAGGCUUUUUAACAUAAUUUCAUUAUUAGUUUUCGGUGCCUUUGUUGGGAGAUUGAAGGGUGUUCCAAUGUCAUACAGCUAAUGUCAACCUGAUGAUACUUAAAGCCCUUAUUGCCAAUGCCCUUAGGCUUAAUUGGAAAGCUCAAAAUUAGAUGAUGCACAAUGGCCUCUUGGAGUUAAUUUUUAAUGGCAUAGCUAUCUAUGUUCAGAUAUCAGGGUGGCCUGCUACUCCAGACCAUGAACCAUGAAAGCCACUCUCGUUUCAGGGCUGAAGCUGCACUGCAAGUUGAUGGUAUUUCUCAGGCAUGGGCUGCCGCAUUUCUGUAUCAAGACGAAGAUGAGCAACGGAAGAAACGGGGCAAGGGAGAUAGCAUGUUUAGUAAAUAACGUAAGAGAGCCGAAGAAAGCAUUGCUUCCCCCCCCCCUCCCAUUGGGAAGAAGUUGACACCGGUGAGGUGCUCUCCAUAAUGCUGCAUUGAGCUCGAGUCACCGUGAAAGAGGGUAUUCAUAAGCCGCUGCUUUGGUCUCCAGAGCUCCCCCAAGCUGAGAGCUGCUGUAUCGGUUUUCUGGGAGCUUUUUCAAGUUUACUGCUUUGCGCUCGACGAUGAGCUAACAUCCGUCAGCCCGGUCAAGGGCCAUAUAGACAUAACCGGACGGUGGGUCCCUUGCUCGUGGGAAACCAGUAUGCCUCCUACCCUGCUCGGUGCCUCGACGAAGGCACGUCCGUUUCAUUUGUUCCGAUAGAACUAUUUUGUGACGGUGGGUCCCUUGAUCGUGGCAAACCAGGAUGCGUCCCACCCUGCUCGGUGCCUCGAUGAAGACACGUCCGUUUUAUGUAUUCUGACAGAAGCUGACAUCCGAUUCCAACCUCAAUGCACCGUCAAACAAGAAUAAAAAUAAAAAUGGGACUUUAGACACCACCGCUGCCCAUUGUUACCAACUCCAACGCAUAGUCGUCUUCCGCCCAUUGUUUGCGUCCAGAGCGGCUCCAAGAAUCCAGGUGCUGAGUUUGAGUCUAAUCCCGAAACAGGGGUUUCCGGCUCCGAGUCAAACCCUAGUGAUCCGAUUCCGACCUCCUCCUCCUCCUCUUCCUCCCACAUCUCUCCGAGUCCAGCAAUGGAAUCCAAGUCCACGGGGCGGUUCACACUCGGCAGGCAGUCCUCGCUCGCCCCCCGGGAGGAUCGCGACGACUCCCUGCGAUCGGAGGUCCUCGACGGAUCUCACGUCCCCGCCGAGAUUGGCUCCGACAUCCGCCUCAUGUACCUCGCUAGCGAGGGCGACCUGGACGGAAUCCAGGAGAUCUUGGACUCCGGUGUCGACGUCAAUUUCAGCGACAUCGAUGGCCGAACCGCGCUCCACGUCGCCGCCUGCCAGGGGUUCGCUGAAGUCGUCGAGCUACUGAUACGUAGGGGCGCCAAAGUCGAUCCCCAAGAUCGGUGGGGCAGUUCGCCCCUUGCAGAUGCCAUGCAUUACAGAAACCAUGAAGUGAUCAGGAUUCUGGAGCAGCAUGGUGCUAAGCUUCCGGUUGUCCCCACACAUGCUAAGAUUGCUCGAGAAGUACCAGAAUAUGAGAUUGAAUCCAAUGAACUCGAUUUCACUAACAGUGUUUUCAUUACUAAGGGGACAUUUCUAUUAGCUACUUGGCGCGGAAUUGAAGUUGCUGUUAAAAUGUUUGGUGAAGAUGUAAUGACCGAUGAAGAUAAAGUGAGUGCAUUUAUGGAUGAACUUGCCUUGCUUCAGAAAAUUAGACAUCCAAAUGUAGUCCAGUUCUUGGGUGCUGUUACUCAAAGUAGCCCUAUGAUGAUUGUCACAGAAUAUUUGCCAAAGGGUGAUUUGCGUGCCUUUUUGAAUAUGAAGGGACCUUUAAAACCAAGAUUGGCAGUCAAAUUCGCACUUGAUAUUGCUAGAGGAAUGAAUUACUUGCAUGAGCACAAACCUGAAGCCAUCAUUCACCGUGAUCUUGAGCCUUCAAAUAUUCUGCUUGAUGAUUCUGGACACCUGAAAGUUGCAGACUUUGGUAUUAGUAAGAUGUUAAGAAUGGCAAAAACCAUAAGAGAGGUUAGGCCAUUGACUUCUCUAGACACUGCAUGCAGAUACAUGGCCCCAGAAGUCUUUCGCAAUGAAGAAUAUGACACAAAAGUAGAUGUUUUUUCUUUUUCUUUGAUUCUAAAAGAGAUGAUUGAAGGAUUCCUGCCUUUUAAUAAAAAACAAGAUGAUGAAGUUCCCAAAGCAUAUGCAUCUAAAGAGAGGCCUCCGUUUACAGCUCAUCGAAAGAAGUAUCCUCAUGGACUGAAAGAGUUGAUUGAGCAGUGUUGGAGCGAGGACCCUGCCGAAAGACCAACUUUUAAAAAUAUAAUUGACCAGUUGUUAAUUAUACAGAACCAAAUUGCUCAAAAACAGCGUUGGAAGGUGAGACCUUUGAAGGUUUUCUAUAAUUUUGAAGCCAUAUGGAAGAAAGACAACUCAAACCCUAGCAGCCGUUCAUCACGCUCAUCAAGAAAUCUUCAGUAGCUGACUCCCUCAGUCGAGAAGAGACGAAGAAGACAGCAUGAGUAAGAUACUGAGGUUUGGUUUUAAUUGAUAGGAAGCACCGAUAACUUGGUGAUUCCUCUUGAUCAAGGCUUGCUUUGUUGAUAAUAUCUAUGGGAAGGUGAACUUUUGGGACAAAAAGCAUGUAGACGCUUUGACACAACUGUACUAAAAAUAAGUUCCCAUUGUUAUAAUAUUUGAACAGUUGAUUGCUUUACUAAAAUCAUGUCACCAUCGUUUUGAUAGUGGAUGAAUCAUAUUGAUGAAAUAGAA